CCAACAAAUAGCCGCGCACACCUCCACGCUUCUCCGUGGCCUUACUAUGGUUCACACAUGUGUGGUGGCAGGCUGUAGGAACAGAAGGACACCGGGCACCACCUUAUCUUUCUACCGCUUCCCCCGGGACCCGGAGAGGAAGCAGCGCUGGAUAGCUGCUGUGAAUCGAGAGGGCUGGGUGCCGAACGACGGCAGUCGGCUGUGUAGUACUCACUUCAUCUCAGGUAAACAGGUGAAGAAUCCACGUUCGCCAGAUUAUGUUCCUUCUGUGUUCACAACAGCUCCCUUAUCCCCAGAGAUGAAAGAGCCAGGUGCUUUGGAGAUCCUGGACAAGCAGGAAGCACGCGUGGAGGCGGCCAACGCCUUGCUGUUCCUGCAGGGCCAGGGCAGGUCUGUGGUGGGGGAGCGGGGCCAGGAAGAGCAUCCUGAGGAGAGGGAGCAGGAGGCCAUUGCGGAGGAAAGCGCAUCCUCAUCCCUCAGCACCGAUGAAGACGAUGACGAGGAUGAUGAAUCUAUGAGUGACAGCAAGAAAGGAAGGUUUGCUCAGACGUCUGAUGCACCAGUUAACUUUGAUGAUAUCCUGAAAGCCCUGAAGAAGGAGAACCAGACCCUCAGGGAGUCUGUGGAGAAAAUGUCCCUCUCUGAGAGCUCCUUGAGGAACGAUGCAGAGAAAGUAAAGUUUUACACUGGUUUACCCAACUACUUUGUCCUAGAGACGGUCAUGUGGCUGCUGGCACCUCACAUGGACGGGAUGAAAAACGUGAAGCUCUCCAAGUUCCAGCAGCUGCUGCUGACACUGAUGCGACUCCGUCUGGACCUCCGCAACCAAGACUUGGCCUACCGCUUUGGUGUGAAAGUGGGCACAGUAACCAGGACAGUGCACCAGAUGGUCAGCAUCAUGUCCUCCACUCUGGUACCGACAGCCGUCUUCUGGCCCUCUAGAGCCGAGCUCCGGAAAAACCUGCCGGCAGCUCUGCGCGCCUCUCACCCCGACUGCGCUGUCAUCAUAGACUGUUUCACGGUGCCCUUUGAGGAGCCGGUUUCCCGGGGCAACCAGCAGCAGCAACAACAGCAGAGGGUGGUGCCAAGCUCUCAGGGCAUGGGGACAAGUUAUAAUGUGUUAAAGUAUCUGAUCGGUGUGGCUCCACAAGGCGUCGUCACCUUCGUCUCGAGGGGCGUGCUGGGAAACGUCAGUGACAAAAGCCUGGCUGAGGGCUGCGGCCUUCUGUGCAAGCUUCUCCCAGGUGAUGUCGUGUUGGCGAGUCGCGAUCUCGACAUUGCAGAUUCUGUGGCUGCCCGUGGAGCCCUGUUUAAAAUUGCUGGCCGCUACCAAGGAGAGGCGUACGGGAGCUCGGCGGGCUCGCCAUUGUCUGAUACGUCCUCUGAGACGGCGAGUGUGCAGAAGCAUGUGGACAGGGUGAUCUCCAUGGUGAAGCAGAGGUACGCCAUGCUCACGGGCCCCGUCGAGAGCCCCUUCACCACGGCCUCGGAGCGCACGUCGAAUGUCUCAACCUUUGAUAAGAUUGUGCAAGUUGCCUGUGCCUUAAACAACCUGUGCAUCUCUGCUGCUCCAUUAGAGUGAUUUGUACAGAAAUGCCUCGUGCUCCUUAAUGCUGGUCAGGCACUAGAGUUCCCUUUACUGCUUUGGGACCUUAUUCCAUGUUCUCCCACUACAUCCCUGUGUCAACACUCUACAUGAUUACUUCAGAAAAUUGAUUUCUUCUUAUCCGCUUUAAUUUACACUUCCAGUGUAUGUGUUCCCCUCUUAUCUAGGUCGGUCUGUACUUGCAGAUUAGACCACUUCUCUCAAAUCCAGAAACCACAUUGCUAAAACGUGAUGUCAUUAAGUUAUGCAACUCCGACUGACAAAGAAUGGCAGGCUUGCAAAGGAUGUUAUUGGAUUUUUUUUUUUUAAGGCUUUGAAUGGUAACUGUGUGAGUAAAAUGUACCUUUAACCAUUUGUAAAUAAUGAGGUAUGUAAGCUGUUUUGGCAGUGCAUACAGUGUUCCCUCUAAUCCAAUCCUGUGCCAUGCUACAGUCUGCAAGUGUUUUUUCAUCUCCAACAAAUACCAGAGCAGCUGACUACACUGAUUACUCCCUCCCUCUGUUGCAGAAAGGGAGUUUGUUGGUUAAAUCAGCUGUUUUGUCGCUUACCCGCCUAUGAAUCAAGAACAGUACACACAAUACAAAGAGAUAUGAAACAGGUUAAAAUAAGAACAGCAUGCAUAGUAAAGCAGCUCAUAGUUUCCUCUGCAUGUUCACCAUGCAAACCUUUAUUGGCAUUUUCACAUGUUUUCGCCCAUCAGCUAGAUUUUGUAACAAUAGAAUACAAUCAUGGGAUGAUUAGUUAUCCGUUACCAUUCACACACUAGUUUACUACCAUAUGGCCAGGGUCAGAUGUGGUCUUUAUCUGCUGUGCUAGAACCACAGCUCAUUUUAUGGAAGUGUACCGCACAUCAUAGAGUGGCAGAUGUCAUCUUCAACAGGGCUUUACUGGUAUUGAUGACUUUUCCAGAAAAUAAACAGCCCUCCCUGCAGAAACUUCAACUGCUUGGUGGUAAAAACAACUGAAAUGGACCAAAAAGAUAAGUAGUUGUCACCACAGGUCAAGUUUAUUAUUUUUUUAAGUAUUCCAGGUCAGUGUUUUGCCAAAAUGCCUUCUUAUUUAAUAAAAAGCUUGAGAUUUCUAAAAGAUGUUCUUUGUGCUGGUGAGGAAGGGAAGAUCGCUGUUGUUUGCCAUGCUUCCGGGUUCGUUUAUUUCGGUCUAACAUCACACAGCAUGGAGCAGUUCUCAAACACAAACUUGAUGUGCAGGCAUUUGUGUGCUGAAAUGAAGCAUGAUUCUCCUUGACACGCUUCUGCAAUUCUUUACAGUCAUACUGAGUCAAAGUGUCAUUACAAGCGAUUGAAAGAGAAGCAUUAUAAAACGAUCUCCCCGAGGCAACCGGAGUGGGUUUUGUCCCCACGGACACUGCAGUGUUGUUGCCGACGUUUAAUUAAGGCUUUGUUCAGACGAGCACGUCAGCUUCAGCACUUACAGAAUGUACAUUUAAUUUGCGACUGUGUAAUUCUCAUUGGCUUUGUUCAGCGUGUUCUGUUCUAAUUGAUUGUAGCUGUUCCGAACCAUGAGCACAUACCACAGAGACGUUUCUGUUACAGGACGAGGCUGCAGGCUGUUUUCAAGAAAUGCAUUUUUGAUGUUGUUAAGAGUUUGCCAAAUUAAGCAAAGACAUGGGCUUACAUGUAGUCACAUGAACUGAAAAGUCUGAAAACUGCUGUGAUCUACAGCAUUUCUUGAGAUCCCGUUAUGAUUUCAGAGUUCUAUGUGUGAAUCAAGACCGUGCUUAUUGAAACAUGUCAUUUGUUGUCCUGCAUUGCUGGUGCCUUAGGUUAUAAAGCUAGUACUGCUUACAAAUCAGUCACCCAUUUUCUACAAAUAUUGUUUUUACAUCAUACAGUAUGCUUCAGACCCUUCUCUGGUUUGGUUAGUUACCAAAAACAUUCAGCACUCAUGCUGUGACAAAGCACACCUUUAACAUUAUUCCUAAGUUUUGUGUGUGCUCAGUUAAUGAGUAUAAAUUGAUGUCAAGUCAUUCUACACAGAGUCUAAGUCUCUCUGAGGGGAAAGGUUUUGAAGGAUUAAACAUUACAGUGGUUCAUGUGCUUUGGCUCAGGGCCUAAAAUGAAUUGGGAAAGGUUUUUCACACCAUGGGAAGCUCGUUACAACAACAGAGACUAAAGUGGCUCAGUUCUGGUGCAGGGCUUUAAAAGGUGUUGCUUCGUAAGCAGUGCGAGGUUCAGAUAGGCAUGCUAUGGCAGCCCAAAGAGGAAUUUGCCUUCUGUUCUCAUGCCGCUGGAUGAUCCCUUCCAUGGACGGCCGUGUGGCUUUCCUGAGCAGUUAUGGUUUUCAAGUGCUUGUAAUGUAUACUCUUAGAGUUCCAUUAGCACAUCAAACUGAUUUUCUCUCCACCCCUGGUGUUUUUUCUCUCUCUGUGUUUUUGUUGGUGAGGAGGCACUUUCUUUUUUUAAUUAGCCAUUCUGUUUAUCACUGUUAAUCAUAGCUGCCCAGUCAGUCUUCCGUUUACUCCAAACGAACCAGAAACAUGAAAUGAAGCAGCACUGCUAAGGUUGCUAGAAAAAUGUAUGAAAAUCUACAUAAAUAAUCACUUCUUUAAGCUGUUUUAAUCUUCAGAGAUUCAUGUGCUGCUUUGAUGAACACACAUGCUUCCUUUUCAAAGUUAAAUCUUGAUUCACCACACUGACAUCUGCAAACUGGUGGAGUGUUUGUUGCUUAAAGGAUGAGGAAGAAAAGCUUUUAGACAGAGGUGCUGAGACUAAUAAUGUGAGAGUGGGAGCAAGACCAUGUGAUGAGGACUAUGACCUCUUUUUCCUGGGGUUUUUUGUACAACCAAGUUCUUAUUUUAUUUUUUGCUUCCGAAAGCAUGAAAUGUGUCACCUCCUGCAUUCUAAAGGAUUGUUAUUAUACUGUCUGAUACCAGUGUGAAGAAUGGUUGAUAGCAAAGCCUUUGUGGAAUGAAUGGUAUUUGAAACUGGGAUGUUAUAGCAUAAAUAACUCAACUACAUUUGGGUUUUGUGUUAGGAAGAGUUGAUUAUUCUUCCACAAAGCAGCCCAGUGGCUGAUGGUUUCAUUAACUCCUACUCUGAAAUGAAACAGCCUCUAGGUUGAGAUGAAUGCAACAUGUUCACAGACAAACUGGCUAAUGUCAUCUUGUGUUUUCCCCCGUCUAUCUAACACCUCACACUUCUAUUGCCAUGCUGUUUGGCUUUAUUGUUCCGGGCGCAUGUGCUUCCAUGAUGUGUAACCUCUGAAGGUUUCAUUUCUUGUUCAGUUUUUCCUCAUUAUUGC